GAACUGUGAAGAUGUCAAUGAAUCCGGAAGAACAACAACAUCAAUGCCAAAUAAAAUGGAAGGAGAAAGACAUCAAUGACUGGCUUCCUAUCACUAAAUCCAGGAACGCAAAGUGGUGGUACUCUGCUUUUCACAAUGUCACUGCUGUUGUUGGAGCUGGUGUGCUGGGUUUCCCAUACGCCAUGUCAGAGCUAGGAUGGGGUUGGGGCGUUACAAUAUUGCUCCUUUCAUGGAUUUGCACUCUGUACACUGCAUGGCAAAUGAUUGAGAUGCACGAGCCUGAACCGGGAAAGAGGUUUGACAGGUAUCAUGAAUUGGGGCAGCAUGCGUUCGGGGAAAAGCUUGGGCUGUGGAUUGUGGUGCCUCAGCAACUAAUGGUUGACGUUGGCAUAAAUAUAGUUUAUAUGAUCACUGGUGGGAAUUCUCUAAAGAAGAUUUACGAUAUUCUCUGUGAUGACUGUGAGCCCAUUAGGAGAACUUACUUCAUCAUGAUAUAUGCCUGUGUUCAAAUCGUUCUAUCUCACCUCCCUAGUUUCAACUCCAUUGCUGGUGUUUCUUUUGCUGCCGCUGUCAUGUCCGUCGGCUACUCCACUAUUGCGUGGAUAACUUCACUUCACAGGGGCGUUCAACAAGGCGUGAAAUAUAGUAGCAGAUUUUCAAGCGAUGCAGAAAGCGUAUUUGGGUUCUUUGGCGCUUUGGGGACUAUAGCUUUUGGGUAUGCUGCGCACAGUGUAAUUUUGGAGAUCCAAGCAACCAUUCCUUCCACGCCUGAAAAGCCCUCCAAGAUAGCCAUGUGGAGAGGCAUGGUUGUUGCUUAUGCUGUAGUGGCUCUUUGUUAUUUCCCUGUUGGUAUCCUUGGUUACUGGGCUUUUGGAAACACUGUUGAAGACAACAUCCUUCUGUCCCUUGAGAAACCACGUUGGCUCAUUGUAGCUGCUAAUAUUUUUGUUGUUGUCCAUGUAACUGGGAGCUAUCAGGUCUUUGGCGUUCCGGUGUUUGAUAUGUUAGAAUCGUUCAUGGUAAAAUGGAUGAAGUUCAAGCCAACAUGGUUCCUUCGAUUCAUAACUCGCAAUACAUACGUUUUGUUUACAUUGUUCAUUGGUGUUACAUUUCCUUUCUUUGGUGGGCUUCUGGGCUUCUUUGGGGGAUUUGUCUUUGCUCCAGCCUCAUACUUUCUCCCCUGCAUAAUGUGGCUUGUCCUAUACAGACCAAAGAUAUUUAGCUGGUCUUGGUGUGCAAAUUGGUUUUGCAUCGUUUGUGGAGUGUUAUUAAUGGUAUUAGCUCCUAUCGGUGCAUUGAGGCAGAUCAUACUAGAAGCCAAGGACUACAAAUUUUACUCGUGACCUCUUUCCCCGUUUAGAGUAUUAAGCGCAUUUCCAAUGGCAUUG